AUGAGCGCGGAAGACGACCUUCAGCUGCCAGAUGGACUUGAUGACGACUUCGAAGAUUUAGGCGACUUCGGGGAUGACCUCGGCGACUUGGGUGGUGACCUGGCGGACUUCGACAAUGCUCCGCCUGUGGAGGAGGAGACGAAGGGCGUCUCUCGCUUUCAAAUGAUCGAGUACCUGAACCAGCGCGAGUGGUGGAGGCAAAGUCUCUGUAGACUAACCUUCACGGCCGUGCUUUGGUUAAUCUUCGCCUACCUGGCCAUCGUCAGAUCAAACGUCAACCAGGCGUACAAAGUCCAAGAGGCUGUGGUCAGUUAUGUGGAGGGGAUCAUGUCACAUCCUGGCAUCAGCGGCGUUCGCUUGCGCACACCGGCGGAAUCCAACAUGCCCUGCCGCUGCGGCUGCCGCCACAUUGGAGGAUUUCCCGCGAGUUCUUGCACAGACGACGGCCAGACGGAAGCCUUCGAAUUUCUGGGGAGGCUUCCAGGAGAUACUGCCGAAAGGCUGGUGGCUGCCUCUGGGGGCUUUUACCCUCUCGGCUCCCAGGACAUGGAGCCUAUGACUUGGAGUCGCAUAAGAACAGCCGAAGAUGUGAUGGUUUGGAUGGAGCAUGGGCUCUUGCCCAACGUCUGGGGCACUGUUGCGGGGAAGGUGAUCCGGCGCCCGGGAUUAAUUUUGAAUCGGAACUUGGUGGUGGGUGGUCUCCGUGCUCGCCAGCGCCGAGCCAACUUGGAUGUGGGAAACUGCAAUCUCCCAGCUGCCCUUCAGUCCUGGUACACUGUCCUUUGCCGCAGCGCUGACAUGGCCGUGGAUCCCUUCGGCCCGCUGGCCGACGCGAAUUUUACCAUCGUAGACCAAUUGCCCAUUGGUGUAAGGAGCGCUUUCUUGUCGAGCACCUCUACCGACGGGGCUUACGACGCACAUUUCGAUGUCGAGAGGCCUCUAAGCAAUGCGCUUGAGACGGCUACGCAGUUGCGACGAGUUGGAUGGCUAACCGAAGCUUCCACGUCCCUGCAGAUAGAGGCCCUCAUGCUCAACGGUGAGAGUGGGUCUUUCGUGAUCUUGUCUAUUGCCUUCGAGUGGUUGAACGAUGGCGGUAUCACCAAGACGGUGAGAAGCCACGUCUUCCGUGCUGUUCCAGGACAAGCAUCUGUCAUGGACUUCCUUCCGGAAAUCUUCUGGCUUGUUAUGAUCUUGCUGCUCCUGAGGCAAGAGCUCUGGGAGGUGCUGAAAGCGACCUUUCGACGCGAGCUUCGAGCCUACCUAUCGAACUUCUGGAACCUGGUGGAUUGGAUUUCGAUUGCAGUCGGUGUUGCACUCGCCGUCUACUCCCUCUGGAUCCAGGAGUACACUGCCGUCUUGGCUACGGGCGUCUCGCAGCUUCCACGAGCACCGUUAGCCAGCGACCUGGAUGAGAUCGCCUAUCAGAGCAGAUGGUCCAAAAACAUCGACGAUGCCCACGCCAUCGUGGUGAUGCGUGGCUACUUCCAGCUGAGCCUCUUCUGGUACUCCUCAAUCAUCACCGCCAGAAUGCUCAAAGGAUCCCUAGGGCAAGCCAAGCUAGCAAUGAUUCAGAUCACCUUGGCAGACGGCUUCUGGGAUGUCUUGCACUUCAUGAUGAUCUUCCUGGUCAUCUUCAACAACUUUGCAGUCGGAGGGAAAAUUUUGUUCGGCCCAGAGUUGGAAGGGUGGUCCACCUACCCUCAGUGCUGUGCCAGCGCGGUGAUGAUGCUCAUGGGCGCGGCGAACUUCGAUGCACUCUAUGAAGUUGCUCCCAUUACAUCGACGAUCUGGUAUUGGCUCUUCAUUUUGAUGAUGAUGUUCCUUCUGAUGAACUUGCUGAUUGUCAUCAUAGUCGACCACUUCUGCCAAAUCCGGGACUCCUGUGGUGAAACCGCAGGGAUUCUUCACGAUCUGAGGUGGUCCUGGAAAGAGUUCCUCUUCAAGCUCGAGUGGCGCAGGGACCAAUUCCGGGAGGGGGAGUACAAGGCCUGCUUCUUGGGAAAUCCCUACCAAGACCUCUUGGAUGGCCUCUUGCAGAAUGCGAAAGCCGGCGAAGCCAUGGAGAAGGCAGCUCAAAGGCACUGCUUAGCCAUCCGACUCAACAGGAAGAAGAUCGAGGACCUGAGCGUCGAGGUGCCCAGCGCCGAUGCAAAUCCUGGCUUCGGCAUCGUGAAGAACCUGGAGCUUCGGAAGAUCGCAUGUGAUGCAAGUACAGCUCAGUUCUUGCUGGACGGCUGCGAAAGCUUUGUGGCAUCGGAGAAGAAGACUCUGCAUUUGGGAGUGCUGAACCAGGUGCGGAGUUUCGUGAGCUUGCUGAAGCAGAGCAAAGAAACCCUCGACUCCCAUUGCAAGUUGAUGGAAGAGGGGAUCGUCGAGGAUCAAGAAGAGCUGGAGCAGAUCAUGACUCGUCUCGAGGAGUCGGUCCAAGCGGCUUUCGAAGGCUUCCAGGAGCUGGCCUCCACAGGCAUCGACACCUUGGCACCCCCAGCUCUAGGCCAAGGAGGUGAGAUGAAACAGACCCUCACAGAUCUGCGCCAGACCGCUCAAGCCUAA